AUGAACUCCAACACAUACCACCCCGGGUUACGAAACCAUCCGAAUUUUCGCUAUGGGAACGCGGCGAACCAAGCUAACCCAAAAUUUCAAGGAGCUCAAGGUAACUUUGCACCUCGCCAACAAUACAAUCAAGGCAACUAUAGAGGUGGAAACAAUUAUGGUUAUCAAGGGCAAUUCCAACAAACUGGUCAAGGUGGUUUGGGUCAAAGUUCAUCAAGCGGGAAUGAAGUCAUGGAUAUGCUUCGGGCUAUGCAACAAGAUAUGCAAAAGCGGAACCAACUAGAUGAAGUCCGGAUGCAAAAGGAUGAGGUUCGUGACAAGAGCAUUCAAUCACUAACAACCCAAAUGGGUCAAUUGGCAACCGAUGUGGCGGAAUUAAAGAAAAGCAAGGGUCAACUUCCUAGUGAUACUAAGCAAGUACCCGCUUAUGCUAAAUUCCUUAAGGAAUUAUGUACACAAAAACAACAACAAAAGAAAAAAAUGCCUAAGCGGGUAGACUUGACCGAGCAAGUGAGUGCGGUUUUGAAUGGGGAGCUUCCCCCUAAGCUUAAAGAUCCAGGUACGCCAUUGAUAAAUAUACAAGUUGGCAAUUUUCAAAUGGCAAAGGCGUUACUCGAUCUUGGAGCCGGGGUACAUGCUUAUGCACUACGGGUUGAAGAGGAAAAACAGGAUGCCAUGGCUUUGAGGGAAGGUCGACCACCAUGGACUCAUCAAUUUGAAGGCUUACCGGCGGAAAUAGACUCCGGUAUUAAACCAUCAUUAGAAGAACCGCCAAAGCUGGAAUUGAAAGGCUUGCCGAGUCACUUGAAGAAGGAUUGGUCGAGUAAAUUGGAUGAUGCGUUGUGGGCAUACCGAACGGCCUACAAGACUCCUAUUGGCACAACACCGUACCGGAUGGUUUAUGGGAAGGGUUGUCAUUUGCCAAUGGAGUUAGCGCAUCGGGCAUAUUGGGCGAUCACUACGGUCAAUGCGGACUACAAUGAAGCGGGAAAGAUGAGGAAGCUACAAUUGUGUGAAAUUGAAGAGCUUAGAGACGAGGCGUAUGAAUGUGCAUCGGCAUAUAAAGAUAAUCUCAAGAAAGUACACGAUGCAAAAUUAAGAAAGAAAACGCGAGUUGGAAGGUUUGGUGACGUAGACAUCCAAGACGAGCAAACACUAAAACAACAAAUGGUGAACGGUCACCGGUUUAAACCGUACUUGGAGGGGAACGACAUAAACAAUUUAGAGCUUGAUAAAGUGGGCUACAUUCUACGCCCGGUCGAUGAGGAACAACCAUGA